UUUCACCUGCAAGUGGCUGGCAGUUAAGUUAAAUAAUGAAUAAACUUUCCAAAAAAUAAAUAAAAUAAAGGCAACUGCUCAAGCUGGAACCCGUGAGCGUGCAGUCAUUCUUGACCCUGUUAACGCGGGCAGCACGAAGAGCAAAUCCCAAUCCACAAAACGAUCUCGAUCACGCAUCCCAUUCUCCAGCGCCGGGAAGCAGCAAAUACUUCCCCGGUUUAUGGAACAUAUUUUUGAGUUAGCUCACCGCUGGGAGCACUGAAUUCAAACUGAUCCCAUAAAAGUGGCAGGGACUUCUGAUUUUAUUUCUUGUUUUUUUUUUCCUUCCUGCCGGAGCUAUUUUACACGCGAAGAGGUAGUAGCGUUUGAAGGCAACCGGCGAGUCGCCUGCAAGUGCCCCUCGAAGAGCAAGACGUAGAAAGCCACGGAAUCGAAGAGGCGCGCGCACACGGCGAGAGAAGAGAAGCGAGAGAGCGAGCGAGCAGAGUCGACCGUUGCGAACCGAGCAGAGAGAGAGAGAGAGAGGACAUACGUGGGGGGGGUGCCGUGGGUGGGUGAGGAGUGGUUGCGAUAGUGAACUCGCAUGGGGCUCGUGAAGCCAUCAAACGCGGCCGGCGCUGGUCCGGCCGCGCUGGCGGCGCGUUGCCUGCCCCCGCUGCUGCUGCUGCUGUUGCCGCUGUGGGCUGCCUGCGCAGUGCUCGUCACCGCCUCGCCGCCGCCUCCUCCUCCUCCUCCGCCGCCCUUCUCACGCUUCCAGGGACACCGACGCCCGUGCUACACGUGCCUCAAGGGCUACGCGCAGCACCGCGACCGCAACGGAGAGCUCGUCGAUCUGGACGAGUGCUUGGCGUACAACGGGGGCUGCCAGCACACCUGUAUCAACACUCCGGGCAGCUACCACUGCGAAUGCCACGCAGGGACUCGGCUGCACGCGGAUGGCAAGACAUGCGUCACGACCAACCUGUGCACCAUAAACAACGGGGGCUGCGAGCACGAGUGCGCCCAGCUCCCGUCGGGCUGGUACCAGUGUCGCUGCCCGCACGGCUAUCGGCUCAAGGACGACGGCAAACGCUGCGAAGCGAUCGACCCGUGCACCAACAAGACCGGUGGCUGCUCGCAGAAGUGCCACAACGAAGGCGGAUCGGUGCGGUGCGACUGCCGUGCGGGAUUCCAGCUGAAUGCCGACGGGAGGACAUGCGACGAUCUUAACGAGUGCUCGCUGGGUUUGGCGCAAUGCUCGCACGUUUGUCACAACACCCGCGGAUCCUUCGCCUGUUCCUGUUUCCCCGGCUAUUCUCUGGGGCCCAGCAAGAAGCACUGCUAUCGCAUCGAGCUGGAGCUCAUCAGCGGCUGUGAGAGAAACAAUGGUGGCUGCUUCCAGCGGUGUGAGAACGCCCGUGGAGGCCCGCGAUGCCACUGCCUGCAGGGAUUCGUCCUGGAGAGCGACGGCAAGACGUGCACAGAUGUGGACGAAUGCGCCGCCGACAGCUGCUGUAGCCAUUACUGCACAAACAACCCCGGAGGCUACGAGUGUGGCUGCCGGGCAGGCUACAGGCUCGGCAUCGACGGCUGCGCGUGCGACGACGUGGACGAGUGCCUGGCUGAGAACGGCGGCUGCGAGCAGGAGUGCGUAAACAAGGCCGGCUCCCACGAGUGUGCCUGCCAGGGCGGCUUCAAGCUGACGGACGACCGCAAGCACUGCGUCCCCCUGGACAAUUCAUUUGGGCUCAGGCCAGAGGGGCAGUCUCCCGUGAGGAAGGGCCUGAUCUUCCGCCCUCCACCUCCUCCACCUCAUCGUGCCGAGGCCUCGCGCUCCAACCUGUCGCUGCUGCUGCUGCUGGAGGGGGAGCUGUCGGACGAGGAGCACCACACGGGGCGGGAUUGGGACGACUGGGACGGAGAUGGAGCCGACGGCGGCGACGCGGCGGCGGCGGACGAAAGGGCCGAGCACACGGCUCUUCACAAAACACUCUGCCUGGGCGGCUCGUUCGGCGCCGACUGCUCGCUGUCGUGCGCCGACUGCACCAACGGCGCCGCGUGCGCAGACGGGGCCGACGGGUGCGACUGCCCGGCGGGGUGGACCGGGCUGCUCUGCAAUGAGACAUGUCCCCAAGGCUUCUACGGGAAGAGCUGCAACAGCCCGUGCGAGUGUCGGAACGAAGGAGUGUGCGACGCCAUCACCGGAAGAUGUCACUGCCCACCCGGGGUGAUGGGAGAUCGCUGCGAGGACGGCUGCCCCAAGGGAUUCUACGGAAGGACUUGCAACCGCAAGUGCAACUGUGCCAACAACGGGCGCUGCCACCGCACGUACGGCGCGUGUCUGUGCGACCCGGGGCUGUACGGCCGCUUCUGCCACCUGGUCUGCCCCCGCUGGGCGUUCGGGCCGGGCUGCUCGGAGGAGUGCCAAUGCGUGCGCGAAAACAGCCUCUACUGUGACGCCAAGCUCGGCAGCUGCACCUGCCGACCGGGACACCACGGCAAGGCGUGCCAGCACGGCUGCGAGCCGGGCUACUUCGGCGCUGGCUGCAAGCAGAAGUGCAACUGCCCCGCGGACGUGACCUGCGACUCGGCGAGCGGCGCUUGCAGGCGCCAGUGCCCCGCGGGCUUCCACGGCGCCAGCUGCCAGGAGGAGUGCGCUGUCGGCCAAUACGGAGCGAACUGCCGCUGGGAGUGCGACUGUGGCGGGGCGCCCUGCGAUCGCCGCACGGGUCUCUGCAGCUGCCCUGCCGGACACACGGGGAUGUCGUGCGAGAAGGAUUGCGCGGAUGGCCUCUGGGGAGUUGGCUGCAAGGGCAUCUGCCCCGCGUGUCAAAACAACGGCGCGUGCAACAAAACAACGGGGAGGUGCGCCUGUCUGCCCGGGUUCUCGGGGGCCUCCUGCCAGACCCCGUGCGCUCACGGCUUCCACGGGGCGGGCUGCCUGCAGCGCUGCUCCUGCCAGAACGGCGCGGCGUGCGAGCCCGCGACGGGACGCUGCGUCUGCGCCGCCAGCUGGACUGGACAAGACUGUAGCACGCGUACGCACGUGUGCGAGUCUGGCCGCUGGGGGCUCGCGUGCAAGAACCUGUGCCACUGCAGCAACGGCACGGGGAGUUGCGAUCCUGUCACGGGGCUCUGCGCCUGCGAGCCCGGCUACACGGGGACGCACUGCGACCAGCGGUGCCCAGCGGGGAUGUAUGGCGAAGGCUGCCAGUCCAAGUGCCGGUGCCAGAACGGCGCCGGCUGCGACCACGCCAGCGGCGCCUGCACCUGCGCUGCGGGCUUCAUGGGGACUCACUGUGCCCGCACUUGCCCUGAUGGAUUUCACGGCAUGGACUGCAAGCUGUCCUGCCGGUGCCACAACGGAGCGCCCUGCGAUCACGUGACCGGGCUGUGCCAUUGCCCCGCCGGCUGGAUCGGUCCCAGCUGCAACCAGAGAUGCCCCGAGGGCCGGCACGGCAAGGGCUGUGGCCUCACGUGCCGCUGUCUCAACGGCGCCGCCUGUGACGUCGCCACGGGGCGGUGCGCCUGCACCCCGGGCUGGGCCGGGGUGCACUGCCAGGAAGUUUGUCCCGCCGGGCGGUCUGGGCCUGGCUGCGUGCACGAGUGCACGUGCCAGAACUCCGGGCGCUGUGAUCCUGUCACGGGCGCCUGCUCGUGCCCCCGCGGAUGGACCGGCCUCUCCUGUGAAAUGGAGUGCGAGGAGGGGAGGUUCGGCGAGGGCUGCCGGCGGCCGUGCAAGUGCGCCAACCGGGGCUUGUGCGACCGGCUCUCGGGGCAGUGCGUCUGCCCGUCGGGUUGGACGGGGCCCACGUGCGAGGAGACGUGCCCCGCGGGACAGCACGGCCUCCGCUGUGGGAGCCGCUGCGACUGCGAGAACGGGGCUUCGUGCCACGCCGAGACCGGAGCCUGCCGCUGCCACCCGGGCUGGCGCGGCAAGCGCUGCGACAAGCCCUGCCUGCCGGGCCAGUUUGGAGCGGAGUGCGCGCAGCGAUGCACCUGCAGACAAGGAGCUCCCUGCAACCACCUGACGGGGGAGUGCGGCUGUCCCCUGGGCUUCACCGGCAACGGCUGUGAGCUGACCUGCCCGCCGGGCACCUUUGGGCUGGACUGCAAGCGGGUUUGCCAGUGCCAGGCACCCACACAGCAGUGUCACCCGGUCACGGGGCAGUGCCACUGUCUACCCGGCCACCAUGGACAGCGCUGCCACCUCGCCUGCCCCGCUGGCCGCUACGGCUCGGGCUGCAGGCAAACGUGCAAGUGCGCCAACGGGGGAAGCUGCGACACCACGUCGGGCUUUUGCGAUUGCCAGCCGGGGUUCACCGGAGCCGACUGCAGCUUGCCUUGCCCGGCCGGCCGCUACGGCAAGGACUGCGCGCUGGCGUGCGCGUGCGGAGGGGGCGGAGAGUGCGACCGCGUCACGGGGAGCUGCAGCUGCCCGCCCGGGCUGGCGGGGCCCAACUGUGGUGAAGACUGCCCCGGCGGACGCUUCGGCGUGAGGUGCGGCGGCCGCUGCCAGUGCAAAAACUCGGGCCUCUGCGACGCGCGCAACGGCACCUGCGCCUGCGGCCUGGGCUGGACGGGCGCGCACUGCGAGAGAGAGUGCCCGGCGGGCAAGUAUGGGGUCGGCUGCCGGCAAGACUGCCUCUGUGAGCACAACGGCACGUGCGACUCUGUGUCGGGGGCUUGUCGCUGCAUGGACGGAUUCUACGGCCCACGCUGCGAGCACGCCUGCCCACCAGGAUUCUACGGGCUGAACUGCCAGCGCGCGUGCCACUGCAGGAACGGGGCAAGCUGUGAUCCCGCCACAGGGCAUUGCCUCUGCCCCCCCGGCUUUCAUGGAGAGCGCUGCCAGAAAGGCUGUGAUGCAGGGAGGUUCGGGGCCGGGUGCCGUGCCCGCUGCGACUGCCAGGGCGGUGUUCCCUGCCAUCCCGCCACCGGGGAGUGCCUGUGUCCCCCGGGCAAGACUGGAGCGCAGUGCGACGCUGGCUGUCCGGCAGGAAGCUACGGCGUGAGCUGCUCCCUGGAAUGCGCCUGCGCCAAUCGGGGCCGAUGCAGCCCCGUCAACGGGAAGUGCACCUGCCUCUUCGGUUGGGUGGGCCCCACGUGCCGCGAAGAAGGACCUCCUCAACUCCCCUCCCAGGCGUCGGCCGCGCUGCCUCCCCGGAGCUAGCCGCCAGACGCGGGCAAGUGCGGCCGUAAUCGGAGGAACGACACGGGUGUCCGACGCUUUUGGCCCACGGUGUCCCGCGCACACCUGCCGAAAGUGCCGCCUUCUCACGAAAAUUGGGCAAGCCCAUGUAUGUCCGCAAUCCUCUCGCUGAAGGCCGGUUUUGCCCCAGAACGUGGAUUCAUUCUCUCCACCACCACAUAGUACUGUGGGAAAUCGUUGAUGAUUUCUUUUUUAACCCAGGAAAGCCCCCACUGAGUCUCAAGACUCUUUAAUCAGGAGGGUCCUUAUAUGUCUCGCAGUAAGGGGGGGGGGCGGGGGUUGGGCGAUAAUUGCGAUGUGUUUUUGCAAUCGAGUAAUUUGCGGGUAACUUUUAUUUCUUUCGGUUAAUUUGGACCAUGCAUGGCCGAUUGUCGUUGUUGUUGUUAUCGUCAUUGUUGCAAAUGUCACGGGAUUUUUUGACGUCCACUGUGAAAGCAGACGGCAACAUAUUUUUUUACGGGAAAUGCGCCCGCAGUGUUAACCAGGGCGGCCAGCAGGAGCGAACUGCAAACCUCUGCGACGAGCGUCAGUCUCGCUCACCGCAAUGCCACAUCGCCGUUCCCAAGUUAACUUAUGUUCAUAUUCAGUAGAGCAUAACAUCUUGUUACGUAAUUUCAGUGCUUAAAAUCAUCGUACGACUUUUUUUAACGUAAUGUAUUAAGAGCCAACCUUUUAUUUCUCUCAGUUAAUCACUUGUAUAGAUAACUUUAACAUUUUGACACUUUUAAAAAGAAAAUGCAAUAUAAAAUGUACACAAUGUUUGAAUAAUAAAAUGUUAAAACUAUCGUAGCUAGUUGGCGGGUGAGGUGAACAGGGAUAGGAAACAAAAUGAUAUUUUACUUGAACUCUUUUUUUUUACUAAAAUUAUUUUGUCAUAAAAAAACGGAAAUUCAAUCAAUACUGGAAAUGUGUCAAUGGUGCUUAAUAGUGAACAUUUUCCAGACACUGUACAAUAUAAUAUGUUUUUAAUUUGUGUACCGUAAUGAAGACAGUGUUUAAACUAUGUAUAGGAUAAUGUCAAUCUGCUAGGCGUUUUUUUUUUCUAAUUGAGAUAUAUUAAUCAUGAUAAUCGAUUAGAGUUAACUCUCGAUUAUCCGUGGCCAGAUGACUCGCGUCCCGAUCUCAGAGGUCAAGGGUCCUCACACGCGUCGACACGUAAACUGAUUAUUUUAAUAAACAUGAAUUCUGAGUCUUAUCACCGUCAUCGCCAUCAUCAGGAGUGGUCAAUCCACUGCUGGAUGAACGCCCUCCCCAAGCCAACGCGGCCACCUCUCAGGAUCGCGUCAUGCAAUAAUCUGUCGAGCGUCCGCACGCGAGCUGAUUUCAUCGCCGCAUCUCCUCCGUGGACGUUCGCUCGGGAGCGUCCCGUUCCCUUGGCUGAUACUCCACUCAUUAUUCUUGAUCAUCAGCCAUCAGCUCCUCUCGUGAAGUGUCCUGCCCGAGCCAACUUACUUAAUAGCUCGAACUUUUUCUUUUAACUGCAUGUGUUUUUUUUUCUGUGUAUGUAUGUUGAACUUCUGUCGCACCGUACGUAUCCAACCGUGCUACUCUGAGGUGCGAGAAGCAGACGUUGCCUCCUUCACAUGCCCACUUCAAUGAACGCGUUACCACUCUUUCCGUCUUGUCAACGUGAUUCCACGCGUGUCGCUCGCAUCCUGUCCGUGUCAUAUUUCAUCCGGGCAUCCGGAUAAUACAUGACCCUGGAUAAUCGAGAGCAAACUGCGAUAACUCCGCACGUGUUUACAAGCGAACCGGCGCACGGGAGCUAAUGGGGGAAUUAAAGAGAACGCAGUGGGGAGGAGCACUUUCAUGUUCGUGAAAUCAGCUCCCGAGGAUUUUUCCCUUUCAUUGCAUCAUUGGUACUCCGUAUGUCACUGUAACGUUCUGACGCCGUGCCCCGACUGGACAUCUGUGUUCAAGAGCUUCAUAGCUCAUCGGAUUAUUCCUCCAGUAUAAAUACACAUUCUGAUUAUCAUCUGUACGGCGGAUUCAAUAAAAUAGAAACUUCCAUUUAGGAGCGCCGACUUAUAGAUCAAAUAUUAAGGGGCUACGUCAUUAACAUUGCCUGAUAUAAACAGAACAGUUUAUUUAUCUAAUGUUUUUGUAAAUGGCCUUCCCCUCCUGUGUUUUGAUUAAGCAUAACCCUUGAUUUACGGCACAAAGCAGAUUCCACAGAACGAUAUGAAUUUAAAUUUUGAUUUAAAGCUUUCGUGACUGCAGGGAUUCAUAUUCUUGGUUCUUUCGGUAAAGUCACGUAGAAGGGAAAUAAUAAAAUAAUAAAAAUAUAAAACAAUAACAAUUAUUGCUGUGGAUUUCACACCUGAUGAUGAUUGUUUGUGUUGCAGUAGAAACGGAGUGAGAAUUUUUAUUGUUUUAUAUUUAUAUUAUUUUAUUUCCCUUCUACGUGACGUUACCAAAAGAACCAAGAAUAUGAUAUGAAUUUAGUUAAAAUAGGUUAAAACCAAACGGCCGUGUGAUUUGGUUCGUGAAGACUGGGUGCGUAGAGGUGGGAGCACAGUGCGGUACAACAAUGGAUUUUGCUCCGCUGCCCUCUGCUGACAACACAAAGGUAGCCCCACAGAAGCCUAUAGCAACCGUUUAGGGGAAGUCCAUAAAUGACGUCACGCACC